UACUCAGCUCAAUUGCUGUAUGUUUACACCUUCCUGUUUCUCAUGAUGGACUUUCUUCAUAGGAAUGGAGUGCUCGUUAUUCAACAUUUGCAGAAGGACUAUGGAGCCUACUAUGGUUUUCUAAAUUUUAUGUCCAGUGUUGGAGACCCCAGGAAUAUCUUUUCUAUUUAUUUUCCACUUUGGUUUCAACUUAAUCAGACAGUUGGAACCAAGAUGAUAUGGGUAGCAGUCAUUGGGGAUUGGUUCAAUCUUAUAUUUAAAUGGAUACUAUUUGGUCAUCGGCCUUACUGGUGGGUUCAAGAAACUCAGAUUUACCCAAAUCACUCAAGCCUGUGCCUUGAACAGUUCCCUACUACAUGUGAAACAGGUCCAGGAAGUCCAUCUGGCCAUGCAAUGGGCUCAUCGUGUGUCUGGUAUGUCAUGGUAACAGCUGCCCUGAGCCACUCUGUCGGGAGGAUGGAUAAAUUCUCUAUCACUCUGCACAGACUGACCUGGUCAUUUCUUUGGAGUCUUUUUUGGUUGAUUCAAAUCAGCGUCUGCAUCUCCAGAGUAUUCAUAGCAACACAUUUUCCUCAUCAAGUUAUUCUUGGAGUAAUUGGUGGCAUGCUGGUGGCAGAGGCCUUUGAACACACUCCAGGCAUCCACACGGCCAGCUUGAGCACAUACCUGAAGACCAACCUCUUCCUCUUCCUGUUUGCACUUGGCUUUUACCUGCUUCUCAGACUGCUUGACAUUGAUCUGCUCUGGUCUGUGCCUAUAGCCAAAAAAUGGUGUGCCAACCCGGACUGGAUCCAUAUUGACACCACGCCUUUUGCUGGACUUGUGAGAAACCUUGGGGUCCUCUUUGGCUUGGGUUUUGCAAUCAACUCAGAUAUGUUUCUUUUGAGUUGCCGAGGAGAAAACAGCUAUAAGCUGAGCUUCCGGUUGCUCUGUGUCAUGACGUCAUUGACCACACUGCAGCUCUAUCACUUCAUCAAGAUCCCAACUCACACAGAGCAUCUGUUUUACAUACUGUCUUUCGUGAAGAGUGCAUCCAUCCCAUUGACUGUGGUUGCUCUGAUUCCCUACUGUAUACAUAUGUUAAUGCAACCAAGAGAAAAGAAGAUUAAGUAGAGCUGUGCAGAGAGUUAGUGCUCUCCCACCCCAGGAUCACCCUUCUGCAUUCAUCAGUAAAACCACAGAGGAAAAACUGUGGAGGACAUCACAUCAGAGGCAGCAAAAUGGCGCCUCCAACCCCAACCCACUCCCCCUCCCGCCCACACACACACUGGUUUAGUUUGGCCUUCACAGUAUUGUUGCUGAUGUGUUUUAAAAUAGCAUUUAAAAACCAGAAUAUCUGACAUAAAAAAUCUGAAUGUAUCUAUUCUCUUGAAAAAUCUGAUCAUACAACUUGCCUGUACUCCUACCAUGUCAGGACAGGAAUUAGAACUCAGGUCAUUUGACAUGCAUUUCCACUGCACUCUGUUUUGUUUCUUCAAGUUUAAAAAUUAAGUAUCAGUAAGAAUAAGUGUUCCUACUUAGAGUCUGUGAUGAUUAUCAUCUAAGACAGCUAUUUUCCCAGAAAUGUCAUUGAAAUCCUAUAUAUAGUUUAACUUACUUCCUCCAUUCAGGGUCCUGAUGAGGCCCAGCAUGUUGUACAUAUGUAAGUGUAUCCAGUGGAGAUGAUCAAGCCAGGCUCCCAUCUGGACAUGAACUUCCUAAAUCCUGCUCUCUGUCAUACUUGUACUUGUCAACAUUUCAAUAAAUACUCCUGAUGAAUCUCUGCUAGAAUAUUAAUCCCUUCCCCAAAACCUAACUCUCCUCUAUGACAUCCUCAUUUUUUAUUUGUAGGAGCCAAUCUUUCAAAACUAUGAAAAUCAAGUUCCUCCUUGAAUUUAUGCUCCAAUUCAGGAAUACUUUUAAAUACUUGCAUCUAUUAGCUGGAUUAAUCUCUUUGGAUACUGAACUAUGAUAGAAAUCUAUAGAUUUACUUUAGAAAAUAAUUGAUUAUAGAUUAUUAAUCUUAUACUAACAAUUUCUUACUAAGGGUUUUUUUUUUCUCAUCAUUGUAUGUAGUGGUUCUGGACUUUAAUGUGGUACCUGUGUCAUUUUUAUCAAGCACAAGGAUUUUGAGUUUGAUUUUGCUAAACAUGUUACUGGCCUAUGAUUCACCACAAUGUUUUAUGUAAUCUUUCUCAAGAUUAAAUAAUCCAUAAAUAUUUAUGAAAACAUAACCAUUCAAGGAAAUGAUAUCACACAAGAUAUUAGUUAUGCAGAAUAAAAUUUUUAAAACAAAAGUAA